AUGAACGAACAAAACCGCGAAAGGGAAAUGAAGAUUUCUGAUGAAACUUCAGAGCUUCUCCGCAUCGAGUUCCAAUUUGAACAUACGUUGUCAGAACAGAGAAAGCUAGCUUUAGCCUCCAAAUAUCAACUGAGCCCUGAACAAGUUGCUAACUUCUUCAAAUUCGAUAUGAAAGAUCAAAGAGAAACAGAAGCCCGUGAAAUGGGAAAGCGAACUAUACCGAUUUCUGUCAGCAGCGAUGUGGUUCAUGAUAUUCCCAAAAAGCGUCGACCGAGAGGAAUGUGGGUAAUGUCUUCGAAUCCAUAUCCUUUUGUUAUGCCGCCACGAAUCGUCCAAAAGAUGAAUCCGGCAUCAAAGGCAGCGGCUUCGUCAUCUGGAGUAUUGAGUUCUGCAUCAUCAUCAACAACUGCUUCAUCUUCAAAAAAGAAUAAAAUUUCAAAAACGCUUGCUAAUCAGACGCUUACAUUCGAAUUCAAUCAAAACUCCAAACUGCCGGAAUCGAGAAAGAAAGAGUUGGCUGAAAGACUUGGACUAUCGCCGGAAGAAGUUCGCAGAUUCUUCGUCAACGCUCGCAUGAGAGGAAUUCGAGCAAUCGUUGGACAAGUUCGUGUUCCUAAAUUCAAGUUUUGA